AAGGUAGUGUGGGGAUAUGAUUGGUCAGCAGGUUUGUCAAUGACACGAAUGGCAACAUUGUUUCCGCUGUCAGUAAGACACGCAAAGAGAGCUGUGCUAAAAAGUUAAACACCAAGUAGGGGCUGAAAUGACCCAGUAUAUGGCCGUUUGUUGAAAUUUAGAACAGAAAGUGUUUGGCUGUCCAUGGCUAUGUAUGAUGAAGAUAUUUCGAGAAACCCUUUCUAUUUAGCACUUCAGAAACAGAAGCCUGAUAUGUCCAGUCGUGUAGCAGAACUGCAUGGGAUUGUGUUGGUGCCAUGCAAAGGCAGUUUGUCACAAGGGAGCCUUGCUGCUGCCCACUUUGAGUCGUACAUCUUGCAGCCUAUGGAUGAUGCUAGUAGUAGUUACCGAACAUUAAAUGGAAAGGAAGUAACUAUCAGAGGAAACCUAGUUAGCCUGGGUAUUGGUUUUAGCUCGCCAUGUGCCAUUAGAAUCCUUUUUGAAGAAACUUUCUACACUGAGAAAGAAGAAAGUUUCAGUAUCUUAUGUAUUGCCCGACCAUUGGAAAAGGGAUCCAGUCCGGAUGAAAAUCCAUCUCCUGUAGAUUCCUACUGCCUGAAAAAUUUUGAGGAUGCUAAAGAGUUUUUGGGUCGACAAUUAUCCAAAGUUGAUGAGUACAUUGAGGCAUUCCGAAACUCCUUUAAAGAGCUCGAAAUGAAAAGCCUACGGCACCAUAUAGAUGAAGUAAAUGCACUCUAUACAAAAUGCCUUCAGUACCUUCUGAGAGACUCACGAAUGAAAAUUUUGAUCAAGCAGGAGAUGCAAAUGGCAUUGCUGAAACAAGCUGUUGAAAUGUAUGUACUUCAUGGUAUCCAUGAUCAGAUCUUCAAGAGUGUGGGAACAAUAGAGGCCAGUCAGGAUGCUGCUUUCAAUAAAACAACCCGAGGUUUGCAAGACCUUCAACUAAAAGAUUUGGGAAUCAAGUCACAAUUCAGUAUUAAUAUACCUCGUGCCAAGCGGGAGUUAAGUCAGCUGAAUCGGUGUACUAGCCCACAGCUUAAACUGAUCUGCUUACGAAAUGUGGUACAUGCAGUCAUGCAGUCACCAAGCCAACGAGUUCAUUUACAUUCUAUGUCUGCUGAUGAUCUGCUGCCUGUUCUGCUUUAUUUACUGGUCAAAACAGAAAUCCCUAACUGGAUGGCCAAUCUCAGUUAUAUCAAGAAUUUUAGAUUUUGCAGUGCAGUAAAGGAUGAGCUGGGAUAUUGCCUAACUUCCUUCGAGGCUGCAGUGGAGUAUAUUCAUCAGGGCAACCUGACUCUUGGUCAGCCUGGAGCAGGAGACCUAAAUGAUAAAGUAUUUUUUAGAGAGAGGAUGAACUUGCUAUCCCAGCUGUCUGCAGCUCCAAUCGAUUUAUUGUUUGAGCACAUUGCAACUGGUAAUCAGGUAGAAGUGGAAGCAUUAUUAAGUCAAGGUGAAACUGAUGAAGAUAGUGUUCAAAAGAUGUGUCAUCCCCUCUGUUUCUGUGAUAGCUGCGAGAAACUUGUUUCAGGACGGAUGAAUGAUCCAUCUAUUGUCACACCAUGUUCCAGAGAUGACCGGGGUUAUACACCAUUGCACGUAGCUGCUUUCUAUGGCCAAGCAUCGUUAAUUGACAUGUUGGUGGCAAAGGGAGGUGCAGUUAAUGCUACAGACUAUCAUGGGUCCACUCCACUUCACCUAUGCUGUCAGAAAGGGUUUCAAGAUGUGACUUUGCUGCUUCUGGACUACAAAGCCAGCACUGAAGUACAAGAUAAUAAUGGCAAUACUCCACUUCAUUUGGCUUGCAUGCAUGGCCAUGAAGAUUGUGUCAAAGCUCUGGUCUAUUACCAUUUAAAUACCUGCAAAUUAAACAUGACAAAUGACAAAGGUGAUACACCUCUCCACAUUGCAGCUCGAUGGGGUUAUGACGGCAUCAUUCAAGUUCUGCUGGAGAAUGGUGCUAAUAAUGAAAUCCAGAACAAAAUGAAAGAAACGCCUUUGCAAUGUGCACUCAAUUCUAAGAUAUUAGAUUUGCUGGAGAUUACCUACAUUAGCAAUGACAGACGGCAGAGCAUGCCAGAGUCUGGUAGAUCUACUCAGCCUUCCACUGAUGCUGGUAGUCAGAAAUCAUCUAUUUCCACUUAUUCCUCCAUAUCGGUUGAGAUGAAGCAUGAAGAAGAGAAAGGCAAAUACAAAGAGGUGGAAAAAUUAUUGCGAGCUAUAGCUGAUGGAGAUGUAGAAAUGGUACGAUAUCUGUUUGAAUGGAUGGAUGACGAUCCAGAGGAGGAGGAAGGUCUUGUUUUGAAAUCAGAAUUCUGUCAUCCUUUGUGUCGGUGUCCAAAGUGUGAACCGGCGCAAAAGAAACUUUCCAGUUUUACUGCAAAUGGCUUGGGUGUGAAUUCUGCCAAUCAAGAUGGGUUUACCCCAUUACAUGUGGCUGCUCUACAUGGACACUUUGAUCUCGUCUCACUUCUACUGCGUCAUGGUGCCAAUGCCAAUAUGAAAAAUUCCCACAAUGCAACACCCCUCCACCUGGCAUGCCAACACAAUGACCUGCAGAUAGUUAAAUACUUGCUGAAUUAUAAUGCAAAAUUGAAUAAGAAAGAUUUGUAUGGCAAUACAUCAUUACUACAUGCCUGUCUUCAAGGACAUCUGGAAAUUGCUGAGUUGUUGCUGGAGCACGGUGCCUUUGUUAAUCUUGCCAACAACCAAGGGAAUACUGCUCUGCAUGAGGCUGUAAAGGGAAAACACGGAGCUCUGGUGAAUCUACUUUUGUGCAGUGGAGCGUCAGUCAAUUUGCGAAAUAAACAACAGUGUACGCCAGUAGAUUGUGCUGAGGAAGUCUGUGGAAAGAAUGUAGAGAUUCUGAAAAUCCUAGAAACAGUAUCUGCUCCAGGAACUGAAGAGGAUGGUAUAUUCAGACUAAAUGCUGCUCGGAAACCAAUGCCUACUGAUAUCAAAAUGAAAUCUGAUGCUUUUGUUAAGAAGCUAGAAGUGAUUGACGAACCCAACAGUAUAAGGAUCCAACUUGUGCAGUCUAUUCAUAAAUUUAAUAAAUCCAAGAAUUUAAGGAAGACUGUGACGAGGGAUAAAAGCAUCCCUAAAUUUGAUGAACACUUAAUCCAUCAGUUGGCAAUCAAGACUUUUGACAAAAGAAAAUUGAAACAAAUUGAAACAAAGGACCACAGUGCACCAUCAUUUUUUAAUUCUGAAGUUGGCCUUGAAACUGAAAAAGAAAUGCUAAUCGCAGCAAACGAUAUCAAGACUGAUUAUCCAGGCAAGAGAUGCUCAGAUUUUACAAACUGUUUACCCUAUAAAUUGAACGAUGUAAAUGGCAAUACCGAAUUUGCGGGGAAGAUUGGAGAAGUUUGCAAUCAUUCACAAAAUUCACGAGAUUUUGAAACAGGUAGUGCUGCACAAGUGGGCAACCACAAAAAUAUCAAUUUGUUUGGAACCAAAAAAUGUUAGUACACAAGUUGCUUAAAAAAAAAAGGCAGCCUCCAAGAAAGUACCUAACAUUCAAUAUGUACACAAAACGGACUGCAAUUCUUGGUACCUACUUGAACUGGAGAACUGAUCUGCUAAAACUGAAAUCUUGAAUAAAAAUCAUCACUAAGUUCAAGUAAAAAGAACAUAUCCACUGUGAGGUCACAAAGGGGAAAGCACUUAAGACCAUAUAGAUAAAUCUAUUGCAGUAGCAAUAUUUUACUUUGCACUUAUAUAGGGAAAUGGAGCUUUGUCCAGAGCUACUUUAGUCAUGCAUUCUGUAUUUUGUGUAUGUGGUUGUGUGUAUGUAAAAACAAGUCACUCAUUGGUUAUCGGCAAUAUGAUUUUAACAUUAAAACAUCAAAAAAGUAUUUUUUUAAACUCUUGCCAAUCUUCCUAUGAAGCACAAAUAAACCUUGUUUCUGUUGGUGUCUGUAUUUUUCAAGAGGACUUUCUAUAACAAUGUGUGCCUUAUAUUUAAUUUAUAAAUGUGCUUAAGGAAUGUUACUGUUGAGAUAAACACAAUUAUUCAAAAAUAAACUUUCUUGGAAAAA